UCCAUUUCUGAACUAUCGCUUCUUUAAUCCGUAAAUUUUUUUAAACUUAAUUUAAAUUAUGAACUUAAUUUUUUUUUUUUAAUUAUGGAUUUAUGGAUUCUUGAUCAUCAGAUCCGGCGAUUGAUACAUGACAAUCGGCGGAUUACUUUCUAUUUCCACCGGCAAUGUAUAAUAUUUUAUACAAGCUACUCUCUUCUUCAGUGACUUGCAUGAAGAGUUCAGUGCACUGUAAGCGCAUCGUCGACGACUCGGAAUAAGAAUAAGCCGAAUCUCUCUAUUGAUUCACCUGGAAACCAAAUCGAUAUCCGUACGAGGCACAGGCGCUCACUUCGUUACGGAUCGUCUAACUUUCCUUGAAUCGUCCAUUAAAUUCGUCGCCCGUUUGAUAAAUCUGUCAAAUUCUACGGUUUCGAGAAUAAUUUUUGCCAAUAAAAGAUCUUAGGAAAGUGUACGGAAAAAAAUGGAACAUUGUGUUUUAAAUCAAUAAAAUUUAAGUUUAACAAUUAAUUUAAACAAGAUUAACUUGAAAAUUUUUCAGCCAUAAAAAGCUGCGUGAAGAUAUUUUUUAUUCGUAUAAUAUAGAAUCGAUAUAAUAUAAUAUCGCGAGAUCGAUAUUUUGAAUUGUUCUAAAAAGUGACAGGAAGUUAACGUCGGGUUUUGAAAAUGAAUAAGAAAGAUGAUCCAUCGCUAGAAGAUAAGAACUGGGAAACUUCCGGAAGCCCUCAAGAGCCGAAGGAUGUUUCAAAGGAGGCAGAAGGAAAACCUGUAUUUCGCAAGUAUCAUACGAAGCAUAUGAAGUUAUUUCCGGAAUUAUAUCGAAGCGACGUCUCGAUUCAUCCCAGUUACACCGACUUGAAAAUCUUGCCUUAUCAUGUGGUCUGCAGACAGCGCGUGCAAAGGAUUCAACGACAAUCAUUUAGGCAGUUAAAUCGCGAGAUCAAGCAUUUCGCUAUGAUUCAAAUGUUUGCUCUCGAUGGUGUGAGGAUCGAUCGUGUCUUCAGCAUCGGUAUGUCGCCGAAGAUGUUAAUUGUACCAGACCCGUUGACAGAAAAAGAAAGACGCCGGCUGAACGAACUCAUUCGAGAUUAAAAAAAAAAUCUAUCUGUACAAAUUUCGAUAGAAAUAAAUUGUAUUUUAUACGUCUUA